CAGGGUCCGGGGAGACCAGAUAUAGUGAAUGCAGGGUCCGGGGAGACCAGAUAUAGUGAAUGCAGGGUCCGGGGAGACCAGAUAUAGUGAAUGCGGGGUCCGGGGAGACCGGAUAUAGUGAAUGCAGGGUCCGGGGAGACCGGAUAUAGUGAAUGCAGGGUCCGAGGAGACCAGAUAUAGUGAAUGCAGGGUCUGGGGAGACCAGAUAUAGUGAAUGCAGGGUCUGGGGAGACCAGGAUAUAGUGAAUGCAGGGUCCGAGGAGAGCGGAUAUAGUGAAUGCAGGGUCCGGGGAGACCAGAUAUAGUGAAUGCAGGGUCCGGGGAGAGCGGAUAUAGUGAAUGCAGGGUCCGGAGA